AUGAUGUUACGGAAGAGCUACAUCAUGCCCAGGGAAUAUGCAACUCUCAGCCAAGUACUCCGACUCGACAUCGAUCCGUCGAGAGUCGCGCCAGAAAAUGUCCGACAGAAAGCAUUGAGCGAAGUCAUUCGAGCUGCUAUCGAUAUGGAUAACCCUCAAGCCUCUGAGAUGAUCCAGACAUUGAAGACCUAUCUCGACUCCUUCGAUAGUCGUGCUGACGACUUCGACAACAUGGAAGAGUACACGGCCUACCGCAUUCCAAAUUGCGGCUACUGGAUCUCGUCGUACUUCAUCCGCUGGGGUCUGGGAAUCACUUUGACCCAAGAAGACUACCGUUCCAUCGACGCAUUCGACAGAGCGAUGGGUAAUGUUCUCGGCUUGACAAACGGUUACUUCAGCUGGAACGUGGAAAAGCACCAGCCGACCGACCGCAUCAGAAAUGCCAUGAGAGUGCUCAUGAAAGAGCACAACAUUGACUCCGAAGCGGCUCAGUCCAUGUUGUUGGGCAUCAUAGUGCAGGAAGAGACCAGUGCAGCACAGCUUAAGCAGAGACGUUUGCAAGCGCCAGUUUCUGAGGCGCUUGGUCAGUACUUUGAGGCGAUCGAGCUUUACGUUGGGGGCAGCUGCUAUUGGCAUGCGACGGCGCCUCGAUAUCAGAUUGUGGAGUAG